GGGGGGGGGGGGAGGGGCGGCCGAGGUGGCAGGCCUGGUGCCGGUGCCGGUGCCGCCGCCGCCGCCUAUGGGAAAAAGAAACGGGCACCGGCCGCAACACGCCGCGCUCCCGCCCCCCCCUCACGGCCGCGGCCUCACCGCUUCCCGCCGCCGCUGGCCGAGGCCCCGCCCCUCCGCGCGUGGUGCCGCUCGGGCCCGCAGAGGCCGCCGGGAGCUGCAGUGCGCGGAGCGGGCGGGCCGCAUGGCUUGUGGCGGGGCGGGCGGCUGUCCCGUGGUGCCGCUCCGCAGCGGCCGCAGCGUCCCGGUGCUGGGGCUCGGUACUUCUCAUCAAGGUGGCUAUUCCCAUGAUGCUGUGGUCCAUGCAUUACGACAGUGUGGCAUUCGUCAUAUUGACACAGCAAAAAGAUAUGGCUGUGAAUCUCUCCUCCAAAAAGCUAUCAAAGAGAGUGGUGUGAAGCGGGAGGACCUCUGGAUAACUACCAAACUGUGGCACAGUGAUUAUGGCUAUGAAAACACAAAAAAAGCCUGCUUGGAGUCAUGUGAAAGACUUGGUGUUGAAUAUCUUGGGAAACAAAAAUGCGUAAACUCUUGUGUGGUCCUACAUCUCAGAGAAUGGGAGUCCUUUCUAAAAGAUCUUUACUUGAUACACUGGCCUGAUACUCAUGUUCCAGGUAAAAGCAACCAGGAGGUCCGAGCUGAAACCUGGAGAGCAAUGGAGGAGCUUUAUGAGAAAGGUUGAGUAUCACCCUUUCCAAAGACCUCAGGAGCUGGUGGACUAUUGUAGGAGCAGAGAGAUUGUUUUUGAAGGCUACUGUCCUUUAGCCAAAGGGGAAGCGCUCACUCAUCCUAGUGUCAUUCAGCUGGCAAAGA